GGAAGUCUCAAAGCCGCAACGGCAAGCAGCUGAUACUACACCUACUUCGUCUGAAGUGUUUAGAUCAAUAACAACUUGACUUGAAGUACGUAGAAAAAGGACUGCAUCGAGGAGCAGGUUUAUUCACGACUUCAAAAGAAAGAAUGACGUCAACGGCGUGGUCCGUGCGCCUGGCGGGCCGACUCGGUCCUGCUCUGCGGUGGCAAGGGGAACGUACUGCGAGUUCCUCGUCUAUGUCGGUUAGAAAGUUCUCCUUCGUAUCAUCACGAUCAUCAUUAGUCGGAGCAGGAUCAAUACCUAGUGGAUCGGGGUUUGCAAGCAGGAUACCAGCAGCCGCGGGUCUUGUCGCAGUGAAUCCAGCAGGAAUGAGUUCGUCAACGAAGACAAGAUCUGAUUCAACUAAGCUCCAGCGACGAACGAUGUUCGACUGGGCGUUGCGACCAUAUGCAUGUGCAGGUAAUUCUUGCUAUCAUACAAUGCAUCGUCAUCUGCGUGCGAGGGAAUUCUACUACGAGACCUGUAGCUGUCAUGCAAGAAAGACACUUCAGUAGACCCAAAAGAUGCAGGUUUUGAACAUCAGUAUAGAUACAUUAUAAGCAUCGACAUAGAAGACCCCAUUGAGUAGUUGUAGACCCUCAGCCAGUAACUUCGAUAUCCUCGAUGAAGAAUCUUCUUUUUCGUUCAACUCCUCUGAAAAACAGCUGCCGCCAACUCUGCAACUGGUCUUAGCAUGCUAAAUGCAGGGUUUUCGAAGUGCAGCUUGAGUCUCCUAGUAUGUCCUUGGAAAGCGCUUCCAACAGCACUGGUCAUUUUGCCUAUGGCAUGGGCGGUUCCGGCAGUGUAUUUAAUACUCUAGUUUCGAAGAACAAGAAUAAGUGAUUUUCCGCUUGAGCCACAGUCUAAGAAUGCUGCUAUCUUGCUUGAGCGAGGCUCGACGUCUGUCUUGCGAAAAUGUUUUCAACACUUUCAGAACUUAUUUUUCCACCUCUUUAUUUUCCACCUAAAUCAUCCAAACAAGAACCAACUGCAACUCCAAACAACCAACAUUACUACAGAUACCGAAUGUGCUUUUCAAAUUGCUCUCGAGGUGCGGUUGCAGGGGUCUUCACCUUCUUCAUGCAGUUCACGUUGACAUUCCUGCCAGUCCCCUGCUUCGAGAACCUGUUUGCGGAGUUGACGUUCUACAUUACCGCGCUGUGCAUGACGUUUCUCAUGUACUGAAGAUGAUACGAUGAUACUUCUUGUUCUCAUGUUUAUUUGGUGUCCUAGUCCUUUUUAGAACUGAAUCAUGACAUUGAUGUUGAAAGAACUGGUGUGUUCAGUACCGCGAUUACUCUUCUAGAUUGCAAUUCUCACUUGUUGCCUAUGCUGCUGUGCCAACAUGCUUUCACUCCUUGUUUCCUUCUUCCAGUUGCAAUCUCUUCCCCCCUCUUGCCCUCAAUGCCACUGCCUGCUGAUUUCCCGAAAAUACGUCGAGGGCCGGUGAGUUUCCCCUUCGAUUCUCUCGUGUCAGGUUUUCUGGUACGAUAUUUUGGCUCCUCCCCUUUGUCCCAGGUACAACCUCUUCCCGGAACUGAUGCUAGAGGAUGGUAUCUGGAUCUUCUACUCGGCGCUCUUUGUGAUGCCGAUGCUGCCGCUAGCCUUUUCCUACCUGCCGCUCUUCGCUACGCGAACCUACCUGAUUUUGUAGGCGUUCGAUGAUUGGCGAGCACUAGAAGUUCCGCAGGUUUUUCCUCACCAUGAUAUAGAGGUCUUCAGUAACAGGCGAACAUGCUUUAACAACCUGGGUCGCUGUUAUAUUUUCACCAAGUCUUCGUCUUGCCAUGCUUGUAGCACUACCUCUACCCUUUUUUAGCAACUGUUGAACUUGAUGUUGGACCGACAUGAUUCCUUAUCUAUGAUGAAACUAUCUUUUCCAAAAUAAGAGAGGAAAACAAUGAAGAUGAAACGAUUUGUUACGACAGUACCCUUUGUCUUAUCCGCAGUUCCAGUUGAAGGUAGAGCAGUGUCAGCCCUCUCAAAGUAAUUCAGUGCUCCCCGUAGUGAUGUUCUUUUAUGCGACAUCGCGAAACAUUGACCUUCUC